CUGGAGUUCCUGGCAUUGCAGAAUGGCGGAAGUUCCCAGCAGGAGUGUGGCCGGCGGAUCUCUGGCUUUAGCUGGAUGCUCUGUUUCUGUUUCUGGAUGCACUGCCCGGCCUGUUCUAUUCAUUUAUUGAGCACUUACUGUGUGCCUGGCUCUGCAAGGGAUAGGCUAACAAACCGUGCUGGGGCCCAGACGGAUCCAGAACAGGGCACAGUGUUGGAGGAUCACAAGACUGGAGGCAUGAACGCCAUUUGUGAACACCACUUGAAUGGGCAGCUGGAAGGGGGUCUUCUUAGGAGGUGACAAGCGAGCUGAGACUUAAAUGGUGGGAAGCAUUCCAGGCAGAGGGAACGGUAAGUGCGAAAGCCCCGAGGCAGGCCCCAGUCUGGUCAGCUGGGAAAACAGCGAAGGGCCUGAACGUCCCUCUGUCCCUGGGAAGAGGGAGGAGUUUGGGUUUUAUUGUGAGGACAAUAGGGAGCCAUUGAAUACUCCAACACACACACACACACUCAAAUCCUUAUCCUCAGGAUCUCUGUUCCUCUCCCCACCCUCGCAUCCUCCAGAUCUCAUCUCCAAUGUAAACCUCUUCAAAGACGCCUCUCCCAGACACCCCGGAUAAGCAGGUUCCCCCUCAUUCAUUUCCAUACCUGCUCCCCAAACUCUUCCUUUGUACACACAAAUACUUCCAUAAUUACCAAGCUGUGGUCUUGUCUUGUUCCCGGAGCUCAGAGAAGGCAGGAAUCUGUAUUCCUCCGCUCUCCCUUAUAUUCCCGGUACCUGGAAGGGUGCCUGGCGGGUAAUAGAUGUUCCAGAAACACCUGUUGGCUGGAAGGCAAUGCUCUUAAGUUUAACAGGGUUUGGGGCACUAUUUGCUCACUCCCCUGCAGACACAGAUGCAGGGAUUGAUACAAAGCAAGGGUUUCUCUCUGUUUGGCUCUCUGCUGUGCCCAGUGCCCAGCGCAGUGUGCCGUCCACAACAGGUGGUCGAUACGCGUUUGUUGAUCGACUUAACAAAAGACCAUGAGGUUUUCCACAAGCAGGAUGGGAGUAAGAAUGUCCCCCCUCCCAGGUGGGAACACUGAGGCCCAGAGAGGGGCCCAGAGAGACGCAGGUGUCCCUGCCAGCACCGGGCCAGGCCGCCUCCUAAGUCUUAGCCCUCUCCCUCAGAAAGGCCAUUUCUGACCCCAACUGUCCCCUGCCCGCCACGCUGCUCCCCACUGUGGGCCCCCAGACCCCGCUUCAGUCCGGCCAGCCCUUCAAGUUCUCGAUCUUGGAGAUCUGCGACCGCAUCAAAGAAGAAUUCCAGUUCCUUCAGGCUCAGUACCACAGCCUCAAGCUGGAAUGUGAGAAGCUGGCCAGUGAAAAGACGGAAAUGCAGCGACAUUAUGUCAUGUACUAUGAGAUGUCCUACGGGCUCAACAUUGAAAUGCAUAAGCAGGCCGAGAUUGUGAAGCGCCUCAGUGGUAUCUGUGCUCAGAUUAUCCCCUUCCUGACCCAGGAGCAUCAACAACAGGUGCUCCAGGCCGUGGAGCGGGCCAAGCAGGUGACCGUGGGGGAGCUGAACAGCCUCAUCGGGCAGCAGCAGCUCCAGCCACUGUCUCACCAUGCUCCCCCUGUGCCCCUCACCCCUCGCCCCACUGGCCUGGUGGGUGGCAGUGCCACGGGGCUGCUGGCCCUGUCCGGAGCCCUGGCCGCCCAGGCUCAGCUGGCCGCCGUUGCCAAGGAAGACCGGGCAGGCGUGGAGGCCGAGGGACCCAGAGCGGAGAGAGCUCGGAGCAGGAGCGCGUCCCCCUCCCCCACUGAGAGCGUGGUGGAAGAGGUGCGACCCGGUGGCCCAGGGGGCAGUGGGAAGCCGCGAGCUGAGGACAAGGAUCUGUCGGGACCUUAUGAGAGUGAUGAAGACAAGAGCGAUUACAACCUGGUGGUGGACGAGGACCAACCCUCGGAGCCCCCCAGCCCAGCAAUCACCCCAUGUGGAAAGGCGCCCAUAUGCGUCCCCGCCCGUCGGGACCUCGUGGACAGUCCGGCCUCUUUGGCCUCCAGCCUCGGCUCCCCGCUCCCCAGAGCCAAGGAGCUUGUCCUGAAUGAUCUUCCCGCCAGCACUCCCGCCCCCAAGUCCUGCGACUCCUCCCCGCCCCAGGACGCCCCCACCCCAGGGCCCAGCUCGGCCAGUCACCUCCGCCAGCUUGCUACGAAGCCAACGCCUGGCACGGACAGUGUCGCCCUGAGGAGCCCCCUGACCCUGUCCAGUCCCUUCACCACGUCCUUCAGCCUGAGCUCCCACAGCGCCCUUAAUGGGGACCUCUCUGUGCCCAGCUCCUACGUUAGCCUCCACCUGUCCCCCCAGGUCAGCGGCUCUGUGGUGUAUGGACGGUCCCCCAUGAUGGCAUUUGAGUCUCAUCCACAUCUCCGAGGGUCAUCUAUCUCCUCUUCCCUGCCCACUAUCCCUGGGGGGAAGCCGGCCUACUCCUUCCACGUGUCUGCCGACGGGCAGAUGCAGCCGGUGCCCUUCCCCUCGGACGCGCUGGUGGGCGCGGGCAUCCCGCGGCACGCGCGGCAGCUGCACACGCUGGCGCACGGCGAGGUGGUCUGCGCCGUCACCAUCAGCGGCUCCACGCAGCACGUGUACACCGGCGGCAAGGGCUGCGUCAAAGUGUGGGACGUGGGGCAGCCGGGCGCCAAGACGCCGGUGGCGCAGCUCGACUGCCUGAACCGGGACAACUACAUCCGUUCCUGCAAGCUGCUGCCGGACGGCCGCAGUCUGAUCGUGGGAGGGGAGGCCAGCACCCUGUCCAUCUGGGACCUGGCGGCGCCCACCCCGCGCAUCAAGGCCGAGCUGACCUCCUCGGCCCCGGCCUGCUACGCCCUGGCCGUCAGCCCCGACGCCAAGGUCUGCUUUUCCUGCUGCAGCGACGGCAACAUCGUGGUCUGGGACCUGCAGAACCAGACCAUGGUCAGGCAGUUCCAGGGCCACACCGAUGGUGCCAGCUGCAUCGACAUCUCCGACUACGGCACUCGGCUCUGGACCGGGGGUCUGGACAACACGGUGCGCUGCUGGGACCUGCGGGAGGGCCGCCAGCUGCAGCAGCACGAUUUCUGCUCUCAGAUCUUCUCCCUGGGCCAUUGCCCCAACCAGGACUGGCUGGCCGUGGGCAUGGAGAGCAGUAACGUGGAGGUCCUGCACGUGCGCAAGCCCGAGAAGUACCAGCUGCACCUUCACGAGAGCUGUGUGCUGGCCCUCAAGUUCGCCUCCUGCGGGCGCUGGUUUGUGAGCACCGGGAAAGACAACUUACUGAAUGCCUGGAGGACGCCAUACGGAGCCAGCAUUUUCCAGUCCAAGGAGUCAUCCUCCGUGCUGAGCUGUGACAUCUCCGGAAAUAACAAGUACAUUGUGACGGGCUCGGGGGACAAGAAGGCCACGGUGUACGAGGUGGUUUACUGAGCAGCCCCCCCAUCUUCCUACGCCCCUGGCCUGGCUCCUGGGGGAGGGGCAUCCAGGACAGAGAGCCCAGCACCCCGUCUCCGUUCAUACCCGUGCGCGCCAAGCCUCGUCUGCCCUCUGGCUGGCUCCCUGCCGUCUUCCCCUGCUGGACACGGCGCUGGACGGGCAGGUGGACUUCGGGGAAAUAAAUGUGCUAAUCGCAA